UUAAACCGAAUCGUCAAGCAUCAAAGCGUUAAAUCGCUAGAAAGUGUUCAAUUCGUUUUCUUUCUAGUUUAAAAGAGGCUGUUUGACACCGUGGCCGGCAUUGCCAAUUCGAAUGCAGUUGAUAUGGAUUGCUACAUUUUGGUUUUAUUAGCGUGCAUGGCAGUUACCACGUCAGCGUGGUCUGCGCCUUUCUACCCAGUGCACAAGGCACCACCAAUACGCGUUACGAGAUAUGCACCCCUACCACAUAGGCAUAAGAUACCGAUUCGUCAGCCACAACCGAAAUUUGAACAACCAGACCAAACGAAAUGGGAUCGUCCGAAGCGCGAACAUUAUGAUUAUGAUGACCACGAAAGCAAGGGAACCAGUGGCGUUACGGGCCCCGUACACACAUUCGUCAAAACCGAUAAAAACGCCAACUACAAAUGGGGAGUUCGACACCAUGUUGGAAACAAGUACGCGUCCUAGC